CCCUUUUUUUUUUUUUUUUUUAAUCGAGCAAAAAUAUCAUUAUUUUCGCUUAUAUUCAGCUCUCUGUAUGCUAUUUAUCACUUCAAAUGCAAGGAAUACUAUCAAAUACCAGUUUCUAAAAUUUGGGGUUUCUGAUAUAUGUAUAGGCGGAAAGGUAAGUCACUCAGGUUUGUUUACAUUGAGGUACUGCUCGGGAUAUUUCUUGAAAUUUUCUAUUAAAUUAUGUCCUACCUGUUCCAAUAUCGUAUUUCUUCUUCGCCAUAUAUAUUAUCCUCACUGAAAACAUACAUAAAUAAUCAAAAUACAGGUAUAAAGUCCUCCUCUGGGACACUUUUCACUCGCGAUUUGAAUAUUUUCAACCACAUUUUAGUAGAAGCUACGGAAGUGACAUCGCUAGCGACAUCUGUGCGGUAUUUUCAAAAGGGCGGUAACCAUUUCACAUGUUACCUAUUCUGUAACUCCCUCCUAAAUCAAGAGAACCAUAAUCACUCCCGAUCGAUCGAUUUCCGAAUGGCAAUGACGACAACGGUAAAACGCGAGAAUUCCGAAUAUAUUUUAAGUAAUUGUUUUGGCGCAAAAUUAUGAACUGAAAAAGAAUGACAAAUAUAAAUGAAAUGUCAAAUAAGUCUAAUUUGUUCAACUGGAUAAUUGAUAACAUUGAGGAAGGGGCUAUAGAUGAAUCAAUUGAUUUAAUAGAUAUUAAAGAAAAAACUGCAGCUGAAGGGACAUCAGUUGGAAAUUUAAUAAAACAAAUAUAUAAAAAUGUGAAGGUGAAAAAUGCACGCAGCAAAAGUAACUGGUGCAAAAUGACCAAACGUUACUUUGGUAUAAAGUGGAAAAUUAAUACACCAGUUGUGCUAGAUAUAAGCACAUUUGGAACACAUAUCCCCAUUGAUUUUGUCUUGUUAUCAAAAACUUUAAGCUGUAUAACUAUAGGUCAUUUUAACAAAACCAUAAUAAAUGGAUUGAAGGUGCUUACUGAAGCUCAGUUAAAAUUGGACCAAACUUGGACUUUAAUGGUUAUGGGUAAAAAGAUAGACCCUGUUAGCUUAGGGGUAGACAAAACAUUUAAUUUACCAUCAUGUUUUGAAAUAAUAAGACAGUUGCGUUAUUGUAAUGGUGUUGAGGAAGUUGAUGAGUCAAUGCAAAAUAAAGACUUCUUAAAAGAGCAUGUUUCAAAACUUUUUGAUGAAAACUCAGAACAAAUUAGAUACAGGUCAAAAUUAUGUCAAAAGGUGCUCCCAUUUAAAAAAUCACACAAAGCAUCAGCAUCAUGUGUGCAUUGUAAAUGUUUGGAAAAAGCAGUUAUUGUUAAAAAUUUUCAACUUGAAGAAACAACGAAAAAACCUUUGAAUGAGAAUUUAAAUUCCACAAAUGCAACUUGCAUAAGAUCAAAUACAGAUCAGGAUGUAAUACUAUCUACAGAAGAUAAUAAUGACAUGUCAGAAAUUCUAACAAAAAUUUUCCCUGAAUGUAGUGAUAAAAUGAAAUUAUUUUUAAUGUCGCAGAAAAUGGCAAUUGAAAGAAACCCACAUGGAAGGCGUUGGAACAGAGACAUCGUUCGUCUGUGUCUAACAUUAUGGUGCAGAAGCCCUAAGGGGUAUACAGAACUUAGAAAUAGUCAGUUUGUCAUCCUCCCUUCUGAGAAAUUACUACAAAGAUUUAAAAAUACUGUAAAUCAAGAAGCUGGAAUAAAUAAUGAUAUGCUUCAUUGGAUGGCAAAUGAGGCCAAGCUAAAAAAUAUACCACCCGAGGGUUAUGAAGGUGGGCUCAUUAUUGAUGAAAUGUCGAUUCAGCAAGAUCUACAGUUAAAAAAGAUAAAUGGAAAAAUAGAAUUGAUUGGAUUUACUGAAUUAUCUCCAGAGUCAGUAGUUUUUGAUAAAUUGAAAUCCAACAAGAACGAAAGAAUUUUAGCGAGUCAUGCACUUCAACUUGUAUUCCUAGGGUCGACAGGUUUUCGGUUUCCUUUCGCACAUUUUCCUGCAAGCACUGCAUCUGGACAUGAACUCUAUUUAUUAGUAUGGCAAUCUGUGAAUAGGUUAAUGAACUUUGGGUUUAAAAUCAUGUUUGUUAGCACUGAUGGGGCACAGACUAAUAGAGACCUCUUUAAGCUUUUAAUGCCUGAAUUUAGUUCUGCCAAACCAGUAACAUGCUCCUUUAAUAAUAUUUACAGUAAUGAUAAGAUAAGUUUCAUCAUGGAUGUUUCUCAUGUUAUUAAAAAAAUUAGGAACAAUAUCUUAAAAAGUGGAAGUGAAUCUCAAUGUAAAAGACAUAUGAAGUUUGAAGGUAAUUUUAUUGAAUGGAAUCAUUUCAAAAGGGCUUAUUCAUGGGAUAUUUCAACCCAUCCCUUUCCAGUGCAUCAUAAAUUGUCACAAGAUCAUUUUUAUCUGACAUCAGAGGCAAAAAUGCGCAAUCACUUAGCAGAAGAUGUACUGAAUGCUGAUAUGUAUCAUUUGAUGAAGCUGUAUCAACAAACUUUGGGAGAAUCAGGCUCUAUGUUAAAUGCUACUGUCAAAUUAUUGUCAAAUACAAGUGUUCUGAUAGCAAAUUUUAGGGAUAAUAGGGCUAUAACUGACUUAAGUGAUGACAGAUUAAGACAGAACCAUGAUGUAAUGGAUUUUUUCAUUAAAUGGGAAAAAAGUAUUCAAUUGGACACAACUGUCAAGCAAAAAGAAAUGUGUAUGAUAUCUCACCAAACCAGGCAGGACAUAGUUUCAUGUAUUUUAGGAUUUGAAGAAUAUUGUCAGUAUAGGUUAAAAAACAACAAUGCCUCUGUUAUCCCCAGUAGACUAAAUAGUGACGUUAUUGAGAACGUAUUUUGCCAACAGCGCACUUUACAUAGUGGCGCCAACACAAAUCCUACAUACCUUGGUUACUGUCAUGCAAUGAACUCCGUCAUCUUGGGCCAAACAACAGUGUCAAGAAAAUCAAAUACUGGUGGUGAUACAGCACAACCUCCAACACAACAAAAUCAAGUAAAGUCAGUGUUGAAGGAGCAGUCCCAGACAAACUAGUUUCUGGUUCAGAAGAAACAUGUAGAGAGCCAGAGGGCCCAAUCAUGUCAUCAUGCACUGAUUGUUCAGAGACAGGCACAGACUGAGAGAUCCCACUAGGUCCGGGCUGAGGUUCAUAAGAAUCAGGUAUAUUUAGAGUUUCAAUACAUGUAUCACUAUCUAAUAUUUUCUUUGCCAAAACAUUGGUAAUUUCUUCUUUCCUUUUCUGGGAGGAAAUUUUAAUUUUAAUGUCUUUGCAAAUUAGUAAUAAGUCUUUUUUGGUGAAAGAGUAGUCAUUUAAAUAUUUUGGAUUCUGAAGAAGUUCUGAUUUAAGACGCAAGAAGGAUGACUGUUUAUUGGUUGAUUUGUCUUCGGUAUAAAAUUUCAUGUCAAACUUUUUGAUAGAUUUCUUUCCCU